AAUUUAUUGUUUUCUAUCACAGCAAAAUCCUUGUGGUCAGACUCGGAAGUACAACUGCCAAUUCUGAAAGUGGACUUUACCAAGAUGGAGGAGCUGUUCUGCCAGAAACAGCCGACAAAGUCAGCUGAGGCCUCCAAGAAUCAGCUGGCAGAGAAGAAGGUGCAGAAAGUGAACCUGUUGGACAGCCAGCGCAGUUUUCUGGUCAACAUAUUCCUCAAGCAGUUCAAGGAAAAUGUUGAGUUUGUCCUGGACUCAAUUAAAAAUGGCGCUGGUCUACCCGUCGAGAACCUGAAAUCGUUGAUAAAACUCAUGCCCGAAAAGAAAGAGAUUGCUGAAAUACGCGCCUAUUCCAGUAGCAAAAAUCUUGGGGAAGCUGAGAUCUUCUAUCUGCAUCUGUCAGAUAUCGCCGACUACGAGCUGAGAGUGCAGGCAAUGCUCUUUAAACAAGAAUUCCAUGAACGAUACACUGACGCAUCUGAGCAUUUGGAAAAAGUGAUUGAAACCUGCGAGUUCCUCAUUAAUGAUUGCAGUCUCAAGCAGUUCUUGUUGCUCAUCCUGCAACUUGGAAACAAACUGAAUGCUGUGAGUAGACUUUAUUUUUCAGUAAUCCAGGGAACUUACGCUGGUAACGCAGAUGCGAUCAAGAUCAGCUCUCUGGCAAUGCUGGCUGACACAAGAGCCAAUAAGCCAAACAUCUCAUUUCUGCACUACGUGGUUGAUGUGGCUGCAUCCAAUGAUGCCAGUAUGCUAGCAUUCAGAAGCAAGGUUGCCGAUUUCCAGAGAAUGUCAAAGACACCGUUUGCAGCCCUUGAAUUGGAGGUUAACUCAUUGAUGGAGGGAGUAAAUGACAUUAGCAGAAGAAUAAAAUCGAGCAAAGUGUCUUCUCAAUUCGGAGAUCUCUUCCACAAUGCGAAACAACAGGUGCAUUGUCUAGUCAAGAAAUUAAAGAAAAUUCGAGAGGUUAAAUCUCAACUGGCAGUUUACUUCUGUGAGGAGCCUGCUGCUUUCCAGCUGAAUGACUGCUAUCAGCUAUUUGCUGACUUCUUCACCAAAGUCAACAAAGUUAUGCAAGAAAACGAUCAGAUGAAGAAAACGGAAGAAAAGGCUGCAAAAUCGAUAGCUGAGAAGUCAACGAAAAACGAGGUAGUAAAAGUGAAGAAGAGGCAAAUUUUUGACAGAAAAGUCGAACAGCUCAUCAACGAAGCGAAAAAUGGGGCAUACUAGAUGGAGUAACUACUGGAUCUAGGUGCUAGGUGAAGAUGCAUUAACGGUUAACACACUAGUCUUAAGAAGUCAUCAAGUUAGCUCGGUUAAAUGACAAUAGACAAUGGAUUGUCUUGCUCUGAUGUCUUGAUAGAGAUUGAAUUUUUAAUGUCUAGUCUGAAGUUCCAUAUAUUAUUAUAGUUGUAAGAUAUUAACAUCGAUUAAUUGUUUCUAAUUUGAUUCAACUCACUAGUCUUUCAUAAAAUAUUCACGAAGUUAUUCAGCCUAGAUAUAUUCAAACAUGACGAUAGACAAUAAUUCAUUGUCUUAUUUUAAUUAUGUAUCUGUAAAUACCUAUGUAUCUAUUGUUUAAAAUUUUUCAUAGUUGAUUUCAUGAUAGUUGUUGAGUUCAAACACAAUUAUUAAUCUUUGAGUUCCUAAAAACGACAAUGGACAAUAACUGAUUGUCUGGUUAUGAUUUCGAGUGUAUAUUAUAUUACCUGUUUUAUUUGUAGUAUAGAUAGAGGCAUAGUAUUGUAUUAUUACUUUUUUUAGUAAUAUAUUAUUAAUUAUAUUACUUUGGAUAGAGUUGCCUCUGACUCUGAUGUUAGGUCGUUUUCUGUAUUUUUCAAGAAUGUUAUUCUCAAAUCGACAAUUCUUUUAAGGACAAGAUGUAAGUUGUUCAGUAUUUUCAUUGUAUGUAAGUAACUUUCGAGACUUGAAGGCUUUUAGAAAUAUUUUAUAUUAUGUAACUUUAAACUAUUUGUUAUUUUGCACAUCUUUAAUUAUUUGUAUAGAAAUGAUUGACAUUUUAUUUUUGA